AUUUCACAAGCGCUACCUAUAAUAUAAUAAUUAUUGUUUAUAUUCACGGACCUGAAUAAUUUAACUCUAAAAUCAACCAAUCAGAAUGUUUGCCAUCGAUUAACUAAAAUUUGUAUAAUUCAAAACAGUUCUGUUAACAAUAACAUAAAAAAACCUAAAUAAAGAAAUAAAUAAAAGCGUAUUGAAUAAUUUUCUAAGGCAUAAUAUUACUUCUUGCGAAUUAUAUAAAAAAAUGCUAGGUAUAAGGCAAUGUGUACAACGAUUUAUAUCAAACAAAAUAUUUAACGCAGAUAACUCCAAUGGUUUAUGUAUUAUACAACAAAGAUCAUACAAUUGGUUUAAAGAUGAAGAAGAAUCAAAUAGAGGAUUCCUUAAAUAUAAUAAAGUUAUUUUUCCUCCGCAAAAACCAGGUGAAGAGAAAAGACCAGGUUAUGUCUGUCAUGUAAAACAAUUCAUUAAAUAUAGUCCAUUAAAUAUGUGGUAUAUUGCUUGUUUUGUAAGAGGUAUGAGCGUAGAUGAAGCUAUUAAACAACUGAGCUUUUUGAAGAAGAAAGGUGCAGCCAUAGCAAAAGAAGUUAUCUUAGAGGCACAACGUAUGGCUGUAGAGGAACAUAAUAUUGAAUUUAAAAGUAACUUAUGGGUUGCCGAAUCUUUUGCAACAAAGGCUCUUACAAUAAAAGGCAUACGACGUCAUGCUAGAGGAAGAAUAGGAGUAGUACAUUACAGAUAUUGUCAUUACUUUGUACGUUUAGAAGAAGGAAAACCACCAAAACAUUAUUAUCAACCAGCACCUAAAACAGGUGAAGAAUGGUUGGAAGAAUGGAUGGAACAAAUGCGUAACCGCAAAAUAUAUAAUUCAUUAUAAUCUACAUAUAUAUAGUUAUAUGUAAAUAAAUAUAUAUCAUCCUUUUUUCUGA